AUGCCGACGGUGGACUCGGAGGGGGCGGGAUCAGGGUCGGACGGCGGAGGAGACCCGGCCGAGGGCGACGGAGGCGCUGAGGCGGAAGGUUCAGCCUCCCCAGCUGCCACCAUGCCGACGGUGGACUCAGAAGGGGCGGGAUCAGGGUCGGGCGGCGGAGGAGACCCGGCUGAGGGAGACGGAGGCGCUGAGGCGGAAGGUUCAGCCUCCCCAGCUGCCACCAUGCCGACGGUGGACUCGGAGGGGGCGGGAUCAGGGUCGGGCGGCGGAGGACACCCGGCUGAGGGAGACGGAGGCGCUGAGGCGGAAGGUUCAGCCUCCCCAGCUGUCACCAUGCCGGGGGUUGACUCGGAGGGGGCGGGAUCAGGGUCGGGCGGCGGAGGACACCCGGCUGAGGACGACGCCGACAUGGAAGGUUCAGCGGUGGCAGCGGUGGCGGCCCAGAAUGGCAGCGGGAGCCUGAGGACGACCUCCCCGCGGACGGGAGCUCUGCAGGAGUCUGGUGGCGGCGGCAGCGGUGGUGACAGCGUGCCUUCGGCGGCGGAGAUGGCCAUGGUCUUGCGGGCACUCCGAGCAUGCCAAUCCGUGGUGUCAUCGUCGGUGGCGGCCCAGCCCGCCGCCGCGCAGGGAGCGGCCCCGUCCGCGCAGGGAGCGACUCCGGCCGCGGCGCAGGGACCGGAGCCGAUGAGGCGCAGCACGCGGAUCGCCGCGAGGGCUGCGUGCACGACCGACGCCACGCCCGCGGGAGUAGGUGAGGAGAACGGUUCCGGGGGCAGCAGGAAGAGGGGCUUCCCGGGAGGGAGGGCGGUCUCGGGCCCGGCGCCGAAGAAGGCGCGCGGCGAGAGCCGCGGCCGCGGUGGAGGGUCGGGCAAGGCUGUGGCCCUGGGCAUCAGCGCGGCGGGUCGCCGGGGAGGAAAGUCUGGCAAGGCUGCGGACCGGGGAGCCGGCCCGGCGGGGUCGAGGGGGAAGAAGAGGUCGGCGGAGACGCUAGCAGGCGUCGAGAGCUCGGGUCGGGAGGCGAAGAGGUCGCGCGGCGGACAGAGAGCGUUCGGUGGAGGAGGUAGGGCAGCGGCAACCGGGUCGGCGGGAAGGAUCGCCGCGGGCGGCGGGGCAGGGACGGCCACAGGGAUCGCCGCGGCGGGGGCGGCGGGGGCGGUGCAGAGUGCUGGGAACGCGGGCGGAGGGUCGGUGAGGCCGGGAUCUUGGCUGGAGGGCUAUGGCGACAUGGGAGACAUGGGAGGAGCGGCGGAAGGCAUCCACCGCACGGUAGGGGGAGGAGCUCCCACCCCCGCGGCCGCCGGCGACAUGAGAAACAUGGGAGGAGCGCGGGUGGGCACCCAGAGUGCGGCAGGGGGAGGCGCCCCCACCCCCACGGCCGCCGGCGACAUGGGAGACAUGGGAGGAGCAAGGGUGGGCACCCAGGGUGCGGCAGGGGGAGGCGCCCCCACCCCCACCGCCGCCCCGCGACUCCGCCGCCGCCGCCGCCGCCAUCCUCGGCAUUUUCGCCGCCGACCCCGACAUCCUCCACGCCUUCGACGCCGCUCCCGCCGCCGCCGACAACGUCGCGGACGCCGCCCCCCCCGCCGCCGCCCCCGCUGA